CGGGAGCGCGGCGGCGGCAGAUGCUGCGGCGGCGGCUGUGCCUCCUUCGGCCACAUCCCGCGGCCGGUGCGCCCGCCCGGCGCGCUGCGCUACGGCGCCGCCGCGCAGCCUGCCCCAGCCGCCGCCGCCGCAGCGGCCCCGCGCCUCGCCCCAGCGGCGGGGCGGUGGAUGCCGAGCCCUCCUCGCCCCGGCAGCCAGCGGGCAGCUGUCCUGCGGCCGAGCCCCUCGGAGCCGGAUCGGCGCGCUCGCACGGACACGGGGACACACGGGCGCACACGCACGCCCUGGGGGGGGGCAAGCCGAGGAUGCUGCAGCUGGGCAAGGUCAGGACCUUGCGGUGAAGCCCGGAGCCGUCGCUCGCCCCCCCCCCCCCGCUCCCCCGCUUCAUUCUCGCUUAGCGGACUGAGGAUUUGCUGUUGGGUUUUGGUAUAUGUUUGGGAGCAAGCAGGCUGAAUCGGCGCCGAUCGAAACUAUGCCUGUUCCAGACCAGCCCUCGUCUUCUGACAAGACAAGUUCCCUUAGUCCUGUGUUGAACACAUCCAAUGGUGAUGGCUCUGAAACUGAGACAACCUCUGCCAUUCUAGCUUCAGUCAAAGAACAGGAACUGCAGUUUGAGAGACUGACUCGAGAACUUGAGGCUGAACGUCAGAUUGUGGCGAGCCAGCUGGAGAGAUGUAAGCUUGGAUCAGAAACUGGAAGCAUGAGCAGCAUUAGUUCAACAGAAGAGCAGUUUCACUGGCAAACACAAGAUGGUCAGAAGGAUAUAGAAGAUGAACUCACCACUGGUCUGGAGCUGGUGGACUCCUGUAUUAGAUCGCUGCAGGAAUCAGGGAUACUUGAUCCACAGGACUAUUCAGCCAGUGAAAGGCCCAGCCUUCUCUCCCAGAGUGCACUCCAGCUCAAUUCCAAACCUGAAGGAUCCUUCCAGUACUCAGCCAGCUACCACAGCAACCAGACCCUCGCCCUGGGCGAAACAGCAUCCGCCCAGCUCCCGUCCCGCAGCAGUCAGGCCAGAGGUGCCAUCCAGAGCUACAGCCAGCAGGGCCCGGGGGGCCGCGGCGCCCACCCGGGCGGCCCGGAGCCGCCGCCGCCGCCCGCCGCCCCGCAGCCGCGGGAGCCCUUCGCGCCCAGCCACGGCAGCGCCUUCCACCUGCCCGAGCCCCAGCACGCCGCCGCGCUCUACUACGCCAGCUCCACGCUGCCGGCGCAGCGGGUGAGCUCCCCGCUGCCCGCCCAGCCCGGCGGCUCCCCCACCAAGCUGCCGCGGGCCGGCUCCGCCGCCGAGGGCGCCGCCUACGCCACCGCGCAGCGCCUCUCCUCCCCGAAGCAGUCCCCCAGCCGCCUGGCCAAGUCCUACAGCACCAGCUCGCCCAUCAACAUCGUCGUCUCCUCGGCGGGACUGUCGCCGUCCCCCAUCCGAGUGACCUCCCCGCCCACCGUCCAGUCUAACAUUUCCUCCUCUCCUAUCCACCAGUUAAGCUCCACCAUCGGCACUUACGCCACCCUGUCGCCUACCAAGCGGCUUGUUCACGCUGCCGAUCAGUACAGCAAGCACUCCCAGGAGCUGUACGCCACCGCCACCCUGCAGAGACCCGGCUCCCUCGCAGCUGGGUCUCGGGCAUCUUACAGCAGCCAGCACAGCCACCUUGGCUCCGAGUUAAGGGCACUGCAGUCUCCAGAACACCAUAUAGAUCCUAUUUACGAAGACAGAGUUUAUCAGAAGCCCCCUAUGAGGAGUCUCAGCCAGAGUCAGGGGGACCCUCUGCAACCAGCACACACAGGCACAUAUCGCACUAGUACAGCCCCAUCUUCCCCUGGUGUCGACUCCGUACCCUUACAGCGCACAGGCAGUCAACACGGCACACAGAACGCAACCGCGACCUUCCAGAGGGCCAGCUAUGCGGCCGGCCCAGCCUCCAAUUACGCAGACCCCUACCGACAGCUGCAGUAUUGUCCUUCUGUUGAAUCACCAUACAGCAAAUCUGGGCCAGCCAUCCCACCCGAAGGGACCUUGGCUAGGUCACCUUCCAUUGAUAGCAUUCAGAAAGACCCCAGAGAGUUUGGAUGGCGGGAUCCAGAGCUUCCAGAAGUUAUACAGAUGUUACAGCAUCAAUUUCCCUCAGUACAGUCAAAUGCUGCAGCCUACUUACAACACCUCUGUUUCGGAGACAAUAAAAUAAAAGCAGAGAUAAGAAGACAAGGCGGAAUACAAUUACUGGUGGACCUAUUGGACCAUCGGAUGACAGAAGUCCACCGUAGUGCCUGUGGAGCUUUGAGGAACUUGGUAUACGGGAAAGCAAAUGAUGACAACAAAAUAGCUCUGAAAAACUGUGGUGGUAUCCCAGCAUUAGUACGGUUACUCCGCAAGACUACAGAUUUGGAAAUCAGAGAACUGGUCACAGGAGUUCUCUGGAAUCUAUCCUCCUGUGAUGCACUGAAAAUGCCAAUCAUCCAGGAUGCCCUUGCAGUGUUGACCAAUGCAGUGAUCAUCCCUCACUCUGGAUGGGAAAACUCUCCACUCCAGGAUGAUCAUAAAAUACAGCUCCAUUCAUCACAGGUGCUGCGCAAUGCCACUGGGUGCCUAAGGAAUGUCAGCUCUGCUGGAGAGGAGGCCCGCAGAAGAAUGAGGGAGUGUGAUGGCCUGACAGAUGCAUUGCUGUACGUGAUCCAGUCUGCUCUGGGGAGCAGUGAAAUUGAUAGUAAGACCGUUGAAAACUGUGUGUGCAUUUUGAGGAACCUCUCAUACAGGCUAGCUGCAGAAACAUCUCAGGGACAGCAGAUGGGAACAGAUGAACUUGAUGGAUUACUCUGUGGUGAUGCCAAUGGAAAAGAUGCAGAGAGUUCAGGGUGCUGGGGGAAGAAGAAGAAGAAAAAGAAAUCACAAGAUCAGUGGGAUGGCGUAGGACCUCUCCCAGACUGUGCAGAACCACCCAAAGGAAUCCAGAUGCUGUGGCACCCUUCAAUAGUCAAACCCUACCUCACACUUCUUUCUGAGUGCUCAAAUCCAGACACGCUGGAGGGGGCAGCAGGGGCACUGCAGAACUUGGCUGCUGGGAGUUGGAAGUGGUCAGUGUACAUCCGCGCUGCCGUCCGCAAAGAGAAAGGAUUGCCCAUCCUGGUGGAGCUGCUCCGGAUAGACAAUGACCGGGUGGUGUGUGCAGUUGCUACAGCUUUACGAAACAUGGCCUUAGAUGUCAGAAAUAAAGAGUUAAUAGGCAAGUAUGCCAUGAGGGAUCUGGUCCACCGACUGCCAGGCGCUAACAACAGCAACAGCUCAGCGAGCAAGGCCAUGUCUGAUGACACCGUUACUGCCAUUUGCUGCACUCUGCAUGAAGUCAUCACUAAAAACAUGGAGAAUGCCAAGGCCUUACGAGACGCAGGCGGCAUUGAGAAACUGGUUGGCAUAUCUAAGAGUAAAGGAGACAAGCAUUCGCCCAAAGUGGUGAAAGCAGCAUCUCAGGUCCUCAAUAGUAUGUGGCAGUACAGAGACCUGAGAAGUCUCUACAAGAAGUGGGCGUCCCCAAGCUUCAGUGUGACUGAUGACAGAGGAUUUUCACCAACCCACGACUCUGGGUCAUGGCACGCUCAGCAUACUCUCUCCCAGAGCCAAGAAAACAGAAUCUAUUCCCCAACCCAGGAUGGAUGGUCACAGUAUCACUUUGUAGCCUCAUCUUCAACAAUAGAAAGGGAUCGGCAAAGACCGUACUCCUCAUCCCGCACGCCCUCCAUCUCUCCCGUGCGCAUGUCUCCCAACAACCGCUCAGCAAGUGCCCCAGCCUCACCUCGGGAAAUGAUCAGCCUAAAAGAAAGAAAAACAGACUAUGAAUCAACUGGAACUAACGCCACUUACCAUGGAAGUAAGGGAGAACACACUUCUAGGAAAGACACCAUGACAGCUCAGAACACUGGAAUCUCAACUUUGUACAGGAAUUCAUAUGGUGCACCUGCUGAAGAUAUCAAACAUAACCAGGUUUCAACACAGCCAGUUCCACAGGAGCCCAGCAGAAAAGAUUAUGAACCAUAUCAGUCAUUUCAGAAUUCAACAAGAAACUAUGACGAGUCCUUCUUUGAGGACCAAGUGCAUCAUCGUCCACCUGCAAGCGAAUACAACAUGCACCUGGGACUAAAGUCAACUGGCAACUACGUCGACUUCUACUCAGCUGCUCGUCCCUAUAGUGAACUUAACUAUGAAACAAGCCACUAUCCAGCCUCUCCCGACUCCUGGGUUUGAGACUUGGGCAGAUACAAAAGCUCCAGGAACUGUGCAUGUGCAUGCAUACCACGAGACAUUUUUUUUCCUGCAAAUUUAGUUUGUUAAAGCCUGUUCCAUAGGAAGGCACAGAUAACCAGUAUGGAAAAAAUUAAGAGAUUUUUUUAGAAGGCUAUAAGAUAUGAAAGCUAAACCUGGGAGUAAUUAGAAAGAAAUAUAUAUAUACUUAUAUAUAUUUUACAGUGUGGGGCAACUUUACUGUUGGCCUGUAGAGUCUAAAGUUCAGUGCUGUAUAUUGAACGUGGCUGAAGGAAGGAGGAAGAACAUGACAGUGGAUCUGGGUCAAGAGUUAAGCACAAGUUACUGAGCAGCGUACAUACUUUAUGGGGAACAGCUUCUCACACCUUGUUUAAUAUCCUCAUUCAUUGUGAAUCUAGGCUUCAAGUUGCAUUUGGGGUUUCCUCUGUACAGCAAGAUGUUUCUUGCCUUUUGUUAAUGCAUUGUUGUAAAGUAUUUGAUGUACAUUACAGAUAAAAAAGAAAAGGUGCAUUGUGUAUAUUACACCAAUGCCACAGUGUUUCUUCAUCUAUGGUUCUAAAUAUUGCUUCAAUUUCAAAUUUUGAAAGAUGUAUGAAUUUCCAGUUUUUUGUUUUCUUUUCCCCGGUGCGUUUUAACAAAAAAAAAAAUCAAAAAAAUCAAAAAAACAAAAAGGAAUAUUUAGCAGUAUUGUUUGUUCUGAUAUGUGACUUUGUUUGUGGCAACUCAAAAAAAGGCAUUCAGCAGUUUCUGACAAUUAACAUUCAUCAUUCCACACUCCUUGUCAACAAAGUGCUUUUUCACUGCCUAAAAUUUUAGAUGUAGAUAUUUGAAAUAGAUUUUUUUCAUUUAUACCAGUUUUCUUUAUGAUGAUACAGUGUUAAAAGAAAAUAAAUUACAAUUGAUCUGUCAUCCAUAUUUGCUAAGAAUGUCUAUUUCCAAGAACCUACCAUACAAAUACACAUUCUUACUCGUGUGUGUCCA